AUUCAACGGACAUCGUCGACUGCAAGCUGAAGUUGAUUCUGGGCUUGAUAUGGACGCUCAUCUUGCAUUACUCGAUCUCCAUGCCCAUGUGGGAGGGCGAGGACCAAGUCGCGCCCGGGGAGAAAGGGCCCACGCCAAAACAGAGACUGCUUCACUGGAUCCAGAGCAAACUGCCCGACCUCCCCAUCACCAAUUUCACAAACGACUGGAACGAUGGCCGUGCUGUUGGUGCUCUUGUAGAUUCCGUGGCUGCCGGUCUGUGCCCUGAUUGGCCAGACUGGGUGCCCGGAGAUGCCCUGAAGAAUGCUACUGAAGCAAUGACCCUCGCCGAUGAUUGGCUGGGCGUUCCUCAGCUGAUCACACCAGAGGAGAUGGUCAACCCCAACUGUGAUGAACUUUCCAUGAUGACCUACCUUUCCCAGUAUCCCAACUCGAAGCUCAAGUCAGGGGCGCCUCUUCGCCCUCGGACAAACCCCGGCCGGGUAAGGUGCUAUGGUCCCGGUGUCGAGCCCACAGGACCUGUGGUUGGAGCGCCCACACACUUCACCAUCGAGACCUUCAGCGCGGGCAAGGGGAAGGUGGAGGCCCUGCUGCACAAGCCCGAUGGACAGGUGGAGAACCUGGAGUGCAAGUUCAACAAUGAUCGUAAUCUGACAUACACUUGCACGUACACUCCAAGCUGCGAGGGAGAUUAUGUUGUGAUUGUGAAGUUCAGUGGGCGUGAAAUCCCCAAGUCUCCAUUCCGUGUGAACGUCUCAGGCUUUGCCGGAGACCCAACCAAGGUGACAGCCUCAGGACCAGGUCUUGAGCCUGAGGGAGUCGUCAUCAACAAGCCAACUUACUUUGAUGUAUUCACAAAGGGUGCAGGUCGUGGUACUCCGUCAGUCAUCGUUCUGGACCCCGAUGGCUUCAAGAACACGGUGCUUGUAAAGACUCGACAGGUCAGCGAGGACGUGUACCGCUCCGAGUACGUGGCCACGAGCAUCGGCCUACAUUCCAUCAACAUCUUCUUUGCUGGACAAUCCAUUCCAGGCAGUCCCUUCGGUGUUAAGGUGUCCCCAGUGUGUGAUGCCCGCAAGGUGAGAGCCUCCGGGCGAGGUCUUCAGCAGAAUGGCGUGAGAGUCAAGGACGAGGCCGACUUUAAGGUUUACACUGAAGGGGCCGGGGAAGGGAAUGUCGAAGUCAGGGUUAUCGGGCCAGGGGGCAAGGAAGAGUCAGUCCGGAUGAAACAGAUUGACGAAUAUACUUUCGAGUAUGUCUACCACCCAUGGAAGGAAGGGCGGUACAUCGUCAUGGUCACGUAUGGUGGUCAGGAGAUCCCUAAGAGUCCAUUUGAAGUAAAUGUAGGACCUUACAAGGAGACCAAAAUCAGGGCUUAUGGUCCUGGCCUGAAAGGAGGUGUUGUAGAGUAUCCUGCCCUCUUUACUGUGGAGACAAAUGGAGAAACUGGUGCUUUAGGUUUCAGUAUAGAGGGACCAUCACAGGCCAGGAUUGAAUGUAAUGACAAUGGUGAUGGAUCGGCUGACGUGCGUUACUUCCCCACGGCCCCUGGCGAGUAUGCUCUCCACAUCCUCUGCAACAACAAAGAUGUUCCUGGAUCUCCGUACAUUGCUCAAAUUCUUCCUAAGACGGAUUAUUACCCCGAGAAGGUGAAAUGCAAGGGCCCAGGCCUGGAGAAGAAUGGCGUGGUCUCUGGCAAGCCUGCAGACUUCCACGUAGACACAAGAGCAGCCGGUGAGGCUCCGCUAGAUGUCACAGUCAUGGAUGCAAACUACCAGCCGGUGAAGUUGGAUGCUAAGGAUAACAAGAACGGAACCUAUGACUUCUCUUACAAACCUACUCGAGGGAACAAGCAUACAGUUCAGGUGGCCUAUGGAGGAGUUGCCUGCGAGAAUUCCCCCUACAGGGUGUUUGUGUCUGAACCCACUGAUCCCGGAGCAGUCAAGGUCUUCGGACCUGGUGUGGAGCGUGGCGUCAGAUCCAACACACCCACACAUUUCAACAUUGACUGUCGUGAAGCUGGACCAGGAGAUGUCCAGAUAGCCCUGACCAACGCCCAGGGCCAAGACAUCCCCAUCGACAUCCAAGACAACGGUGAUGGGACCUUCACCGUCGAGUACCUUGCUCCCUCACCAGGGGAUCACCGCGUCACCGUCCUGUACGCAGGGGCCGAGAUCCCACAGUCCCCCAUUGUGGUUCCCGUGCAGUCCCACGUGGACGUUACAAAGGUCAAGGUGGAUGGAUUGGAGCCCAGCGUGUUCGUGGACUCCCCGACCGACUUCGUUGUGGACACCAGGGCCCUCGCCAACCUGAAGAAGGACACGAAGGGCGGCGUAGACGUGAAGGACGGCAGAGGGGACGGCAAGGUCAUGUGCAUCAUCACCAACCCCUCAGGAACGCGCACGGAUUCCUUCCUCAGGCCUCUCACCGAUGGGACAUACAAGAUAUCCUACACGCCGUUCGAAGAAGGUCGCCACACUAUCGAUCUCCUUUAUGAUGGAGUGCCAGUGCCAGGGUCACCCUUCACAGUCAAUGUGCGCCGUGGGUGCGACCCCAACAAGUGCCAUGCUUUUGGCCCGGGUCUCGAUCGUGGCUUUGUGAACGAGGUCAACACGUUCACAGUUGAAACAAAAGGUGCUGGAACAGGUGGUUUGGGCCUAGCCAUUGAGGGACCAUCCGAGGCCAAGAUGACAUGCAAGGACAACCGCGAUGGUUCCUGCACCGUUGAGUACAUCCCCUUGGAGGCUGGGGACUAUGAUGUUUCCAUUAAGUUUGCUGACCAGCACAUUCCAGGAUCUCCAUUCAAAGUGGGAGUGGACCAGAAUGUAGACGCAUCCCAGGUCAACGUUUGGGGUUCGGGGCUGGAGCCAGGCAAGGUGCGUGCUGGCGUGCCUCUCACCUUCCACGUCGACGGUUCCAAGUCUGGAAAGGCUCCUCUGGGGGUCAACAUCAAGACAGAUAAAGGACCACUGCCCAAGUCUCCCGAAAUCCGAGACAAUGGUGACGGCACCUACGACAUUACCUACGUGCCUCAUACAGAAGGAACCAUGCAGACAGCAGACAUCACAUGGGGAGGAAAGCCUGUCCCUGGAAGCCCCUUCCGCACCCGCGUCCGCCCGCAAGUCGAGCCUAACCGCGUGAAGGUGGGCGGCGCGGGCGUGUCCACCAAGGGCAUCCCCGCCUCCCUGCCCACGGAGCUCUCCAUCGACACCAACGACGCUGGCCACGGCGACCUGCAGGUGGCGGUCACGGGCCCAGACGGCCACCCGCGCAAGGUGAAGGUGGUGGACAACGGCGACGGCACCUACACCGCCUCCUACGUGCCCGACGACUGCGGAAAGUACAAGGUCUCAGUCAAGUACGCGGAUCAGGAGGUCGGACACUCGCCGUUCCCCGUGCAGGCCUACGCGACCGGAAAGGCUGACAAGUGCAAGAUAACCGAGGGCAUAAACCACUCGUUAACGAUAGGCGAAGAGUACUGCAUCACUGUCAAUGCCAAGAACGCAGGCACAGGGGCCGUAACGUGCAGGAUACGAUCAACUUCUGGCAGUGACCUCGACAUCGAUAUAGAGGACAAUGGAGACGGCACCUUCAGCAUUUACUAUACCGUGAAGGACGCUGGAGAGUACACGCUUUCCGUCAAGUUUGGGGGACAACCCGUUCCCGAUGGUUUCUACUCGUUCACGGUGAGUACU